UCGUUCCUUGAUUCCCUCCCGCAUAUUAGCCGACUCCUCAUUUGUUGCAAAAUCGAAAUUCGAACCCCAACUUUCGCCGAUCCAUCGCCAUGGCGUCGCCUCUCGAGUACGCUCGCGCCGUGCUGCAGGCGCGGCUUCUCCAGGCGGCGGAAGACGGCGACCUCCCCCUCUUCAAGAGGACGGCGAGGGCGCUGGACGGCGGGAAGGGCCGCCUGAGGGAGGCGGUGGAGGGCGCGACCGCGAGUAAUUGCGGCGCCAGGGCUUUGCACGUCGCCGCCGUUCACGGGAGGAUGCCCUUGUGCGCCUACCUGGUCGAGGACCUCCAGGUGAAUGUCGACGCCACCGACGAGUCAGGCGAGACAGCUCUGAGUUAUGCAGCUGUUAAUGGAAUUGUGAAUAUUGUGCGCUAUCUUCUUGAUCAUGGUGCCAAUCCAGAUAAGUCUGGUCCUCGAAGGUGUACUCCUCUCCACAUGGCAGUUGGACAAGGGCAUUGUGAAGUAGUAAAGGUUUUGCUCUCAAAAGGAGCUGAUGUCAAUUGUUAUUCUGACACGGGGACUCCACUGCAUAUUGCUGCUGUAUUUGGGUUAGAUGAUGCUAUGAAGGUUUUGUUGGACCACCAUGCAGAUUGUAACAAAGCAGUUUGCAUCGCCGAUACACCUCUCAUCGUUGCUCUCCGAGCUCACCGGCGGAAAUGUGUGAAGCUUCUGAUUAAGGCUGGUGCUGAUUUGAAGGGUCUUGGCAGUGCUGAUCCCAUAAUAGUUGCUAUAACUGAGGGUUUAACUGAUUGUCUCAAGUGCUUACUAAAUGCUGGCGCUGAUCCCAAUGUCAUUGAUGAUUUUGGACGCCUGCCAAUUGAAGUUGCUGCAUCUCACAAUAGCCGGGAAGACGUUGAGAUCCUAUUUCCAGUAACUUCUCGCAUUCCAUCAGUGCGUGAUUGGAGCAUUGAUGGCAUAAUGGCUUACGUAAAAUCAAAAGAGAAGGAUGACCCUAUUUUAAAAAUGAAUCCAGCUAAUAUGAAGAUAGAAGGAAACAAAGCAUACAAGAGAAAAGACUAUAUUACUGCAGCAAGGCUCUACACCAUGGCAGAAGGUGACUACCCAGAGAAUGUAACAUUGAUUUCAAAUAGAAGCGUUUGCUGGCUUAACAUGGGUGAAGGAGACAAAGCUUUGCGGGACGCUCAAAUUUGCAGGGCACUGCGUCGUGACUGGCCAAAGGCCUGCUUCCGGGAAGGGGCUGCUCAAAUACUGUUAAAGGACUAUGAAAAGGCAUGUGAUGCAUUCCUUGAUGGCCUCAAAUUAGACCCAGGGAACAGUGAGAUUGAGAACGCCUACUCCUCCCCGUCCAUUGAAGUCUUAGUUUGGAAGGACAAAAUUCACUAGAUUCGGGAGGCUUUACAUUCCCUGGUGGUAGCACAUGCUGUCAAGAAGGGCCACUGAAGUGUCAUCUGCCCCAAGAAAGGAAAACUUCUACGAUGUUAAAAGAAAUUAACUGGCCUCGACAAGCAGAUUAUGUGAUUUGAUCACUCUGCAAUGCGCUGUGGACUCCAAUGUAAGAAUAUAAAAGUUGAGCGCUUAAAAUCAGUAUUGCACCAAGAGCGUUGUCCACGGCUUCACAUCUUCUCAUGUCAGAUGAGGCCGAGCAGUUUGGGCAAGCUUGGGAGUUCCCUGCAUAACGAAACAAUUACUGAAAACUAUUGUCUUCACACUCAACCAUUUAAUCUCGUCCAGAGGUUGGUAGAUGUGAUGGCAUGAAAAAAGCAAGACCUGACCAACUGGUCGCUGCAUCUGUUUGUCUCUGUUUAGAAAAAAAAACAUUGAAGCCAGUCUC